UGGACUCGCCGUAUCUUUGGUUCCCCACAAACGCCGCAAAAAGACCCCUCCGCAAGUGCUCCCCCCACCAUCUCUCCUUCCUCAUGGCGGCACACGAGGCCUCUGCCGGCGGCGGCGAGGGCGCGCGCUGCACUCCUCCGCGCCCCGCGCUCUCGCUGCCCCCGCGCUCCGCCGUCGAAUCCUUCUUCGCCUCUGGCGCCACCGCCGCCUCCUUCGCCGAGACCAGCCCCGGCCCGUUCACCCUCGCCGCCGCGCUCUUCCCGGAUAUGCCCUCCUCGGCCUUCCACGGCUCCUUCACCCAGCUCCUUGCCGGCGCCAUGGGCUCCCCAGCCGCACCCCCUUCCCCUCCCUCACCGUUCGCCGUGCCACCGGGGCUCAGCCCCACCGCUCUCCUCGGCCCCCCUUCGCUCUUCUCCCCUACGGCAAAUUUUGAAAUGUCCCAUCAGCAAGCGUUAGCCCAAGUAACAGCACAAGCAGUCCAUUCUCAGUAUACUGUAGGCAGUCAAGCAGAUUACUCACUCCCUUUCUCAUCGGCAACAACAUCAGCUUUGACAUCACAGUUCAUCAACUCUUCUGCAAAUGUGACAUCAAUGAAGGAGACAGCAACUCUGCCACUGCAUACAGUUAAUGAUAACCUUAAGUCAAAUGAGGUUUCACAAGGAUUCCAAACUUCGGCCCUCACCGUGGAUAAACCUGCUGAUGAUGGGUACAAUUGGCGAAAGUAUGGCCAGAAGGCAGUUAAGGGUGGAGAAUAUCCAAGGAGCUACUAUAAAUGCACCCAGGCGAGCUGUCCAGUUAAGAAGAAAGUGGAGCACUCAGCAUAUGGACAGAUUACUCAAAUAAUUUAUAGAGGCCAGCAUAACCACCAGCGUCCACCAAAAAGGAGGUCCAAAGAUGGUGGCAAUUUACUAAAUGAAGAUGAUUUCCCUGAGAACAGAGACGCUUUGACUCGAUCAGAACCGGGCUCUCAAGAUCAUUCUGGAAAAGUUGAGGUAUCAAAUGAUGGCAUCACAGGGCCUUCAGUGUCUAAGAGGAGAGGCGGAGGUGAUCAAUCGUCUGGCUCAAGUGAUACAGAGGAGGACAAUGAUGAAGCAGGUGAUGACAAUGGAGAUGCUGGUAUUGUGAAUGCAAACAAAAGGCAUGUGCCGGCCCCAGCUCAAAGAAUCAUCGUGCAAACAACCAGUGAAAUUGAUCUUUUGGAUGAUGGCUACCGGUGGCGCAAGUACGGGCAGAAAGUGGUAAAAGGGAAUCCUCAUCCAAGGAGUUACUACAAAUGCACGUACCAGGGAUGCGAUGUAAAGAAGCAUAUCGAAAGAUGUUCGCAAGACCCAACGGCGGUGAUAACUACAUAUGAAGGCAAGCAUAGCCAUGAUGUGCCAGCAGCUAGGAGCAGCGUGGCUGCUGCUGCCAGUGCCAAUGCAUCCUCUUCCAUUAGCUUACUACAUAGAGGGCAGAAGGCAGCAUCCAGUAGCCAACGGGUGUUGCCCAGAGCAGCACUACAUACAUCAGAUUCUUCCUUGCAGCUAAAAGAAGAAAAUGAGAUAACAUAAAUUUUGGAGUACGUAGCAAGGUAAAUUAUUCCAAUAUAUUAGCCCAUUUCUGGUUGCGCUGCUGCAUUGGUUCAAAUCGAGAGGAGGAUAUUCUUCCACGAGCCUUUGCUUGCACAGAGCCUGUGUUGCAGCAUUGCAUCUUGCAUGCUGUACUCCCAUUGGUUCUCGUACUGGUCUCUAUUCCAUGGAAAAACUGUAGGUGAUGGAGGUUUUGUUGUUGCAAGUGUAAAUGCUCGAGUUGUAGCUCUUACCUGAUAGCCUCAUUUGUACAUAUAUCUCCGUAAGUGUCAUCUGACAGGAUGUAUUAAAGUCUUAAUUGAUGAACAAGGCAAUGGCCUUCCGUCAAUCUCCUUUCAGUUUGUCGUCGCUGCGGAAUGUGCCUCGGUGGACCUGAGGCCAAAGAAAGAAUCAAAGUGGUCUGAUGCUUGUGUCUCUUAAAAGCGGAA